UUGCGAUACGCUUUGGCUCCCCAGUCCUCAGCUCUCUGUGCACCAGCAGACUCACCGGCACUCGCAGGCUCUGUACAAUGGCCGAGCUCUCCCCUGAACAAGUGGUAUUCAACAAGCCGAAGAUGUGGAUGACAUCAGAACAUUUCCUCUUCUCUUGGAUGAAGGUCGAGCUACAUGUGCACCUCGAUGGAGCCAUCAGGGUGCAGACUAUUCUUGACGUUGCCAAGAGACGCGGCAUCUCUCUUCCAACAGAUACUGUGGAGGAGAUGACACAGAUCAUUAUUGUCGAAAGCCCCGGCACCCUCACCGAGUUCCUGGGCAAGUUCGCAGAGUACAUGCACGUGGUUGCUGGAGACAGAGAGGCCAUAAAGAGGAUUGCGUAUGAGUUCGUUGAGGACAAAGCCAAGGAAGGAGUGAUUUAUGUUGAGGUCAGAUACAGCCCGCAUUUCCUGGCAAACACAAAAGUGGAUCCAAUACCUUGGGACCAGAAAGAAGGUGACCUGAGCCCAGACGAGGUGGUGCGCCUGGUUAACGAAGGCCUCCGCGAGGGCGAGAGGGCCUUCAAUAUCAAAGCCAGGUCCAUUCUAUGCUGCAUGCGCCACAUGCCAAGCUGGUCCAUGGAUGUCGUGCAGCUGUGUAAGAAAUAUUGCAACGAGGGAGUCGUCGCCAUUGAUCUGGCAGGUGAUGAAUCACUCAACUGUGAAGCCAAUCCAGAACAUAGGAAUGCCUAUGAGGAAGCGGUGCGUUCUGGGGUCCACAGGACAGUCCAUGCAGGGGAGGUGGGUCCGGCAUCCGUGGUGAAGGAGGCCGUGGAAGUGCUGAAAGCCGAACGUGUUGGACACGGUUACAGAACCCUGGAAGACCAAGCCCUGUACAAAGACUUGCUCAAAAAGAACAUGCACUUUGAGGUGUGUCCUAUUUCCAGUAAGCUAACAGGUGCCUGCGACCCAGACUUCACCAAGCAUCCUGUGAUCACGUUCAUGAAGGACAAGGCUAACUACUCCCUGAAUACAGAUGACCCUCUGAUCUUCAACUCAAACUUGCACCUCGACUACUACACCGCGCACAAAUACAUGGGAUUCACUGAGGAGGAAUUCAAACGUCUGAACAUCAAAUCUGCAGAGUCAUGCUUCCUGCCUGAGAAGGAGAAGAAAGAGCUCAUCCUGAAACUGCAAGAGGCCUACGGGAUGGUGCAGAGCACUGCCUUUUAAACCCGAGGAAGUCUGAAGAGGAACCUAACCCAGGGAAAAACCGCUCUGAAUCCUUAAUCUCCACACUUGACGCAAUGGAAUGUCUUUUUCCUCAUUUGUAACCAAACAUAAAGCCUAUAGAAUAAUAUAUCAAACAUCGUGUAUCGUAUGGCUGCUGCCUUCACCUCUCAUACCUGACCAUCAUCCGCUUGUGUUUUGUCAGUAUCCCUUUAUAGUACUUAGAUGGCUUUAUAACUUCAGUUUACAGCGCAGUUCCGGAGGAUGUCAUGGUGCUCUGCAAGGUGGAAAAAAAUAUGUGCAUGCCAAUGUUUUGUGUUUAUGAAGCAGAUUUUGCCGUAUGGCAAAACUCUGGAUACAAUCUUCAUCUUGUGUUUACAUCCUGUAGUCAUAAAGAGAAUCAGGGAAGCUUUUGAUGCACAAUAACUUUAACGAAUUUGUGAGCCUGCAAGGGAAGGAUAUGGUGGGGUUAUUUGUUGUUCAUCUCUGUCAUUGCUAUGGUUGAGAACUUACGGCGGAAAUAUAGUUUACUGUGAAUAUCCAUUGUUUGGUUUUAAGGGUGAAUUAAGGGGAAUCCAGUGUCAGAAACAUAUAAAUAUGUGCUUUUUAUCCUCCACACACGUAUAACUACAGAACACAUCAGGUAAAACAGCUCAAUACCAAAAGUUUAGUCUAACAUUCAAACACUAGGUGGCACAAUGCUCUCACCUACAGGGACAAACCACAGCUGACUUAAAGUGGUUUUGCAUUUCGUAAUUACUCUCAAUUAUUUUGAUGUAUAUAUUUAUUUACUUUUUUUUUUCUUCCUUUCACUGAAUAAAAAAAGCACUUCCAUUAUAACAAACACAUUUAUGACACUUUGAGAAUCUUUGACCAUAAUAAAAGCUAUUACUAAAA